AUGUGGGGAGUGAACUGCUGGUCGUCAAGUUUCAACUUGAUCUCAAGCGCUGUCGUGGGCGCGGCUGGGUUCGUCUCCGUUCUGUCGCCCAGUAGGAAUACACCGUUACUGGCCUUCGCACUCGCAUUUACGUCGACCGUUACACUGGAUUUGCUAUUCCUAUCCCGGCAGUUUUUCGCCCUGGAGCAGUCAAUGGCACAUCUGUGA